GGCUGAGCCUCCACCUGACUCACCUUACAGCCGCUCUGAAACUCAAUGCCAGGAUACAGAGGCUCCAGCCUCCGGGGGAAUAACACAGACCUCCGCCACUCUCAUAUGUGAGAGUCAUAUGUGCUGAUCAUGGAAGCGCCAUACCGGGGCCUGGGCCGCUGCGUGGGCUGCUUCUGGCUCGCAGUAGCCUUUGACAUUGUGGGACUGCUCGUUCUUCUCCUCGGGGUGUUUGUCAACGUGUUUUUCUACGACCUGCUCAUCUACGCGGGAGCCAUCGUCAUCUUCCUCAGCCUCAUCUGGUGGGUGUUCUGGUACUCCGGGAACAUCGAGGUCCCCCCGGCGGAGCUUGAGGAUGAUGUCGGCUUACUGAAGAAGAACAAGGGCGCCUUGGGCGGCAUCGGCGGCGCGGUGCGGCGCCUCUCCAGCCGCGUGUCCAGCGGCAUCAGGUCCUCGCUUCGCCGGAACGGAGGUGCGCCCGGCACGCGCGCGGCCCGCACGCAGAUGUCUGCCAGAGGGCCGUCGGUGGCC